AUGCGUCUCAGGCGCGCCAGAAUCCUCAUUUUUUGUACAAAAAGAGCGCCAGAGGUGCAAACUCUAUGCGAUUCGCAAGUAUCCCAUUACGCUGAAUUUAAAUUAAUCAAUCGUCAAUUGUGUCCGACGGAAACAAAAGAUUCAAAAAUCCAAUUGAAUCCAGUUCCAUGCAGUAAAGGAGAGAUAUUUCAGAGUAACGUUUUGUCAAUUCUCGAAAAACGAGCUCUCAUGAAAUUCAUCACAUUCUGCACUCAAUGGAGCACGAAACCAUCAGAAGAAGGACGUCAACUACUCGGCGAAAUGGCGGACCGCCCGUUUUCAGAGUUUUUGGCACAAAUGGGAGUUGGAGAGACGCUUCAAAGUUUUAUUAUUAAUACGAUUGGAAUUCUUCAGCCGAGGCCAACGGCAAUGAGUGGAAUGCUGGCCUCCUGCGAAUUCAUGGACUCUGUCGGUCACUUCGGUCCCUCCCCUUUCCUAUUUCCAUUAUAUGGAUGUGGUGAACUCUCUCAAUGUUUCUGUCGAUUAGCCGCUGUUUUCGGAAGUUUGUAUUGUUUGGGACGUCCAGUUCAAGCAAUGGUCAAAGAGGAUGAUAGAAUCACUGCAAUCAUUGCGAAUAACGAGAGAAUCAAUUGUCGCCACGUUAUCAUGUCGCCUCGUUUCGUUCCAGAAGAUGUUGAAAUUCAGAAGAAUGAGAAGAUUGAACGAGUCGUUUUUGCAACGGAUAAAUCGAUUAAAGUGGUCGAGAAAGAGCAAUUAACUCUCGUUAAUUUGGCAUCUUUAAGACCGGAAGCCGCCGUUUCGAGACUCGUUGAAGUCGGAUUCGAGGCGUGUACAGCGCCGAAAGGACAUUUCCUGGUCCACGCUACCGGAAGCAAUUGCAGUGACAAUGAGAAAAGUGUCGAAUCGAUUGCUGAAAGAAUAUUCGAUGAGAAUGAAGUCGUCCCGUAUUGGAAGAUGUCAUUCACUGCGAAUUCGAUGAAAUUCGAUACGAAGAGACUCGGUGCAAAUAUUGUCGUCGCGCCGCCCGUCGACUCGAAUAUUCAUUAUUCGAAUGUUAUUGAAGAGUGUCGUCAAAUCUUCUGUUCGACAUGGCCAGAUUUGGAUUUUCUGCCGAGAGCUAUGAAAUCGGAGGAGGAUGAAGAAAGUGAAGAGAAAUCGGAGGAAAAAGAGGAAAACGCUGAAGAAACGGCAGAAAAUCAGUAG